CAUCUAUACCGCAAACCAAUCCUCGACAAAGUCCCCGUUCGCACAUCAACUAUUCGAUAGAUCAGUCAAUAUGGGCUGGCUCGGUACCCUUGGACCUGUGUACGGCGACCACGCAAGUGACAAACCCGACAACACCAUCCCAGUUCUCAACAACGACAACGGGGACAUCAAUGCCGGGUACGGUGGAAAAUUCGUCUGGCUAGUCGCCCAGUACCACGCGGAGCGAGGCACGGGGAUCUCCGACAUCCGGGUCGUCUUCUCCGACCACGCACGCGAGGGGGCCUUGGACCUGGCCAAGGGAGCGGGCGGGCUGUAUCGGUACUUGGAGUUUCGCUAUGGCGGCGAGGGCGAGCGGCAUGUGAGGCAGGUGGUGCUUGCGCGGCGGAGCGAGCCCAUGAAUGCGGCCACGGCGCAGAGGCUGGGCUUCCAGGGCUUCAGCGACAAUAUCGACCACGGUCGCGGGUCGUUCAUAUACUUGCUGUGGAAUUAUUGAUCCGUACUGGUGCUGAGCGGUUGCGGGAUUGGUGAUCGGAGGCAACGCCUUGUUGUUCGACUAGUG